AUGUUCUGUCAGGCAGUUGACAGAUCCUCUCAAAACUAUACUUGUACUUCCUACACAGAACAAAAAACACCACAGGAGGGUGGAAAUGAAAAGGGUAAAGAUGAAGAUGACACCUCAGUUAGUACUCCACCAGCAGAUGGGAUGUCUAAACCAGCGGAAAGAAAAGAUUCAGUAUGGUCUCUUGGAGAAGGAGCUCCAGAAGAGUCAGAAAAACGUGAUGACUCCCAAAGAUCCACUUUAUUCGUCGAGAAACCUCAGAGUGGGACAGUGAGUGUUGGUGGGAAUAUUACAUUUAUAGCCAAAGUAGAAGCCAAAGAUCUUCUCCGAAAGCCAAAUGUUAAGUGGUUUAAAGGAAAAUGGAUGGAUCUGGCCAGUAAAGCGGGGAAGCACCUGCAGCUGAAGGAGUCCUUCGAGCGUCACACUAAGAUUCACACAUUUGAGAUGCAGAUCAUCAAAGCUAAGGAAAACUAUGCAGGGAACUAUCGCUGUGAAGUGUCUUACAAGGACAAAUUUGAUAGCUGCUCUUUUGACCUUGAAGUCACUGAAUCUUCCCAAGCUGCUCCAUCCAUUGACAUCAGAUCUGCUUUCAAAAGAAGUGGUGAAGGACAAGAGGAUGCAGGAGAACUUGACUUUAGUGGUCUCCUGAAACGUAGGGAGGUGAAGCAGCAAGAGGAAGAGCCUGAGGUGGACGUGUGGGAUCUCCUGAAGAACGCGAAUCCCAGCGAGUAUGAGAAGAUUGCUUUCCAGUACGGCAUCACCGACCUGAGGGGGAUGCUGAAGCGGCUGAAGCGCAUGCGUAGGGAGGUGAAGAAGAGUGCAGCUUUUGCCAAAGGCCUCGAUCCUGCAUACCAGGUGGACAAAGGAGGCAAAGUAAGAUUCAUGGUGGAGCUAGCAGAUCCAACAGUGGAACUCAAGUGGUAUAAAAAUGGCCAAGAAAUACGACCAAGUGCAAAAUACAUUUUUGAGCACAAAGGUAACCAGCGAAUUUUAUUCAUCAAUAACUGCACGAUGACAGACGAUGCUCGCUAUUACGUAACAGCUGGAGAUGAGAAAUGCUCCACAGAACUGUUUGUGAGAGAUCCUCCGAUUUUGGUGACCAAAGGCCUGGAAGAUACCAGCACCUAUGUUGGUGAACGAGUAGAGCUGAGCUGUGAAGUGUCUGAGGAUGAUGCAAACGUGAAAUGGUUUAGAAAUGGUGUAGAACUUUCCAAUGAUCCUAAAUCUCGGUAUCGGAUUAAGGUUGAGGGUAAGAAGCACACUUUGGUCAUAGAGGAGGCUGCCAAAAAUGACACUGCAACUUACUCAGUAAUGACAACUGGAGGGCAAUCAGAAGCCAAGCUUUCAGUUGACUUGAGACCUCUGAAGAUAUCACUUGCACUAGAAGACCAGACUGUGAGGCUGGGACAGGAAAUCCACUUGAAGUGUGAGAUAUCUGAGAAUGUGGAAGGGAAAUGGUACAAAAAUGGACAGCUGAUUGAAGCUAGUGACCGUGUAAAGCUUUAUCACAAAGGAAGAAUCCACAGAUUUGUUAUACCAGUUUCUGCUGUUGAUGAUGAGGGGGAAUACAUGUUUGUGCCAGAUGCCUACAACAUUAAUAUUCCAUGCAAAGUACAUAUUGUGGAUCCUCCUAAGCUUCACCUGGAUGGUCUUGGGGAAAAUAACACUGUGACAGUAGUGGCAGGAAACAAACUACGACUUGAGAUCCCCAUCACUGGUGAACCACCUCCAAAAGUCUUUUGGAGUAGAGGGGACAAGAUGGUCACAGACAGUGGAAGAAUACGGGCAGAAUCAUACCCAGACAGUAGCUGCCUGGUCAUUGAUGCAGCUGAGAGGGAGGACUCAGGUCCUUUCAGAAUCACUUUAAAGAAUGAGGCUGGAGAGGACACAGCUCUAAUCAACAUUAAAGUGGUUGAUGUUCCUGAUCCUCCUCAGGCACCAAAUGUGACUGAGGUGGGUGAAGACUGGUGUAUUAUGACCUGGGAACCUCCAGCAAAUGAUGGUGGAUCACCCAUUUUAGGAUAUUUCAUUGAGAGGAAAAAGAAACAAAGCUCCAGGUGGAUGAGGCUGAAUUUUGAACUGUGUAAGGAAACAACUUUUGAGCCAAAGAAAAUGAUUGAAGGUGUUGCUUAUGAGGUCCGUGUGUUUGCUGUCAAUGCCAUCGGCAUGUCCAAGCCAAGCAUGCCUUCCAAGUCCUUUGUUCCUUUAGCUGUUACCAGCCCCCCAACCAUGCUGGCAGUGGACAGUGUGACUGACACCUCGGUGACGAUGAAGUGGAGGCCACCAGACCAGAUUGGGGCGGCGGGGUUGGAUGGCUACGUGGUGGAAUACUGCUUUGAAGGAACUGAUGAAUGGAUCGUGGCUAACCCAGAGCUGACAGACAAAACAAAGUUUACCAUCAAUGGCCUUCCAACUGGCUCAAAGAUCCUUGUGAGAGUAAAAGCUGUGAAUGCUGCUGGUGAAAGUGAGCCCAAGUACCACCCACAGCCUAUUUUAGUCAAGGAAGUGAUAGAACCUCCAAAGAUUCGUCUACCAAGACACUUAAAACAAACAUAUACUCGAAGAGUUGGAGAAACUGUGAAUCUUGUUAUUCCUUUCCAGGGAAAACCAAGGGCAAAAGUAUCUUGGGAGAAAAACGGUUCUCCAAUUGACAAGAACGACAUCAACAUCCGCAACACGGAGCAGGACACCAUCAUCUUCAUCCGAAAGGCAGAGCGGGGGCACUCCGGGGAGUAUGACAUGAAAGUGGAGGUGGAGAACUUGGUGGACAAAGCUACGAUAGAUAUUCAGAUCGUUGAUCGCCCAGGCCCACCAGAGGUUGUGACGAUUGAGGAUGUCUGGGGAGAGAAUGUGAAUUUAUCAUGGAAGCCACCAAAAGAUGAUGGCAAUGCUGCCAUUACUGGGUACACUAUUCAAAAGGCAGAUAAGAAGAGUAUGGAGUGGUUCACCGUGAUCGAGCACUACCACCGCACCAGCGCCACCAUCAACGAGCUGGUCAUAGGCAACGAGUACUACUUCAGGGUCUUUGCUGAGAACAUGUGCGGCCUCAGCGAGGAUGCGACCAUGACCAAAGAGAGUGCUCUGAUUGCAAAGGAUGGUAAAGUCUACAAAUACCCAGUUUACGAUGACUUUGACUUCAGCGAGCGGCCGCUGUUCACUCAGCCCCUGGUGAACACUUUUGCUGUCGCUGGUUACAAUGCCACCCUGAACUGCAGCGUCCGGGGCAACCCCAAGCCCAAAAUAACGUGGAUGAAAAACAAAGUGCUCAUAAUGAAUGACCCAAGGUACCGGAUGUUCAGCAACCAAGGUGUCUGUACCUUGGAGAUCCGCAAACCCAGCCCCUACGAUGGAGGCACUUACACCUGCCGAGCAGUCAAUGAGCUGGGAGAGGCAGAAGUGGACUGCAAACUGGAAGUAAGAGUGAUCUAUCAUGGAGUAAUUAACCCAGGAGAACCACUCAGCUUGGCGGGGGAUAAUCAGUUACACAGUAAGGAAUUUUGA